AUGGAUCGCAAGAAUGAGGCCGUGGCGAUGGACUUGCUAUUGGAGGAUUUCGAUCCGACGGCUGUGGUUGCAGAGCCUCUGCCUACGGUCGUAACCAGCGACGUUAACUGCGAUCUUAUCGGAAAGUUUGCCGAAGAUCUCAAAAGCAGCCUAGAGAAACCGAUGGUGCUUGGCAGGAACGUGCAUACCACGUGCCUGGCCGUGACGGAACCCGAAGCCAACGACGAGUUCACCGGCGAUAAAGACGCCUACAUGGCUAGCGUUCUUGCUCGCUACCGCAAGACCCUCGUCGAAAGGACCAAGCACCAUUUGGGUUAUCCUUACAAUCUGGACUUCGAUUAUGGUGCUUUAACGCAGUUGCAGCAUUUCUCCAUCAACAAUUUGGGAGAUCCGUUUAUCGAAAGCAACUAUGGAGUCCAUUCGAGACAGUUCGAAGUGGGUGUUCUUGAUUGGUUCGCUCGGUUGUGGGAGAUUGAGAAGAGUGACUAUUGGGGAUACAUUACCAAUUGUGGUACGGAAGGAAAUCUUCAUGGAGUUUUAGUAGGGAGAGAAGUAUUUCCAGAUGGGAUUCUGUAUGCUUCUCGAGAGUCGCACUAUUCGAUAUUUAAAGCAGCGAGAAUGUAUAGAAUGGAAUGUGUAAAGGUUGAUUGUCUGAUCUCUGGUGAGAUUGAUUGCAAGGAUUUCAGAGCUAAGCUUGUUCUUAACAAAGAUAAACCAGCCAUCAUCAAUGUUAAUAUAGGAACAACUGUCAAGGGAGCUGUUGAUGACCUCGAUCUUGUCAUACAAACCCUUGAAGAAUGUGGAUUCAAGCAAGACCGGUUCUACAUUCACUGUGACGGAGCAUUAUUUGGACUCAUGAUGCCUUUUGUCAAACGUGCACCAAAAGUUACUUUCAAGAAGCCCAUUGGAAGCGUUAGCGUUUCUGGUCACAAGUUUGUAGGGUGUCCAAUGCCUUGUGGUAUUCAGAUAACAAGGCUGGAGCACAUUAAUGCCCUUUCAAGGAAUGUAGAGUACCUUGCGUCAAGGGAUGCCACAAUCAUGGGAAGCAGGAAUGGCCAUGCUCCUAUCUUCCUAUGGUACACCCUCAACAAAAAAGGUUACAAAGGGUUCCAAAAAGAAGUCCAGAAAUGUCUUAGAAAUGCUCACUACUUGAAGGACCGCCUUCGUGAUGCUGGGAUCAGUGCCAUGCUGAAUGAGCUAAGUAGCACGGUUGUGUUUGAGCGGCCUAAGGACGAGGAGUUUGUUCGCAGGUGGCAGUUGGCUUGCCAAGGAAAUAUUGCCCAUGUCGUGGUGAUGCCAAGCGUCAACGUCGAUAAAUUGGAUGAUUUCUUAAAUGAACUAGUUGAAAAACGCUCAACUUGGUACAAUGAUGAGAAAGUUCAGCCUCCCUGUAUUGCAGCUGAUGUAGGAACUGAGAAUUGUGCUUGUGGGCAGCACCAGUGA